CCUAACUCAUCAAAGUGAUAAGACCCUCUCUCUCUCUCUCUAUCUUUCUUCUAUAUCUAUCUCUCUUUCCCUUGCUUUUGUUGCCACUCAUCUUUGUUCUCUAUUAUAGUUUCCAUUCAAGAAAUUCGAAUAUAAACCCUACUACUUUGAUCAAUGUUAAUAUCUGUCUUUAUUUCUACAAACCAAGAAAUAUAGGAUAAAACAAAAACAAAAUUCACGAAGGCUAGGAAACCAUGCGAAAUCACCGUUCCCUUCGUCUCCAACUGUUGAUCCGUACGCUAUUUACGGUCGGUUUAGUCACUCUUAUUAUGAUCGAUGCGUUUGUAUUACAAAACAACAACGAGACCGACAAAACAAAAGAGAUUACUACAGCUGCGACAAUGAACAACUAUGAUUCCAAUGCGGCGUCCUUUAUACACGCCAAGGAAAUACAACAAGAACAUGACGAAGAUAGAUCAAGACACGGUGAUCUUAGCUACGUUGUCAGCAAAAGAAAAGUGCCUCGUGGACCCGAUCCUAUACACAACAGGAGAGCAAGGAACUCAAGACGACCACCGGGGAGAGCAUAAGUACGGUGAAAGCUUAGGGAAAGAAGCAGAGAGAGAGGGAUAAGUAUAGUUGUUUGGCAAAUUCAUAGGUCUUGUAAUGCUGCUAGAUUCUCUUUUCCUUUCAUUUGGGAUCGAAUCUUUUAAUAUGCUCAAAAUAUUUGUGACCCUACACUUCUACUUUCCAAUAUUAGUUUAGGAGACAUUAAAAAAAACGAAUACGCUGAUAUUUGGAUUAUGAAAAAAGAUUUGAAGAAAGAAAAGAAGAAAUAUAACGUACAUGCAUGCAAAUAUGCAAUAGUGUUUUUCUCACAUA